AUGGCCCAUUGCAGCUCUCAUGGUCUGCAGGCCAGAUGCAGCCAGCGUGGGAACAGCAUGGCCCAGAGGAUUGCAACUCAGUGCUGUCAAUGGGAUGCCAGAGCACAAGGACCAGAGUUCAGAAACCUGCUCUGGCAGUCUGCUCCAAAUGCCCAUGGAAGACAACAUGGAGAGGGGGCGGGGGGCGCUGCCCUCUGCAUGACUUUUCUAGGAAGAAAAAGACUCAAACCAAGGGGUAGUAAAUAUUCAGCUGUUUGCUGCUUUGUGAGUGUUCUUGUGACCUUUGCCCCUGACAGCAUCCUCUGGCACAUUCCUAAUGUACAGCUUGAUGAAGCAAGACCUACAGUGUCAUGUAGAAACAGCACUGAAUGUGGAAACAAACCACCAACUUGCGGGUGCACUAAUCUGAGUAAUCUUUUGUUGGCAGUGACAAACAAGAAACCCACACAGGCGUCCAUUACAAAGGUCAAACAGUUUGAAGGCUCCACAUCGUUUGUUCGGAGAUCACAGUGGAUGCUCGAGCAGCUUCGCCAGGUUAAUGGUAUCGAUCCUAAUGGGGAUUCGGCAGAGUUUGAUUUGUUGUUUGAAAAUGCUUUUGACCAAUGGGUAGCCAGCACAGCAUCAGAAAAAUGCACCUUCUUCCAGAUCCUCCACCAUACCUGCCAGAGGUACCUCACGGACAGGAAGCCGGAGUUUAUUAACUGCCAAUCCAAAAUUAUGGGAGGAAACAGCAUCCUCCAUUCAGCUGCCGACAGCGUGACCAGCGCAGUGCAGAAGGCAAGCCAGGCCUUGAAUGAGCGCGGAGAGAGAUUAGGCCGAGCAGAGGAGAAGACAGAAGACCUGAAGAACAGUGCCCAGCAGUUUGCAGAAACUGCGCACAAGCUCGCCAUGAAGCACAAAUGUUGAGAAACUGCCUAUCCUGGUGACCCUUCCUAAGAGAAACUGAAGAAUUUGUUCAGCAGUUUUUACAAGAAUUCGGGACCUCCGCUUGCUUCUUUUUUUCCAAUAUUUGGACACUUAGCGUGGUUUUUGUGUUUUCUUUUCAGAUGUUAAUGUGAAAGAAAGGGUGUUGCAUUUUUACACUUCCCUAAUGAUCUUGCUAAUAAAUACUACAAUAGCAUCAGCUUCAUUUUGGGUUUUUCCCUCCCCCCACUGUGUGUAUGUGUGUAUAUGUAUGUUUUGAAUAUGUUUUCUUUAUUAAAAAAUAUUUUUUGUAGUUUGAAUGUGAAAUUUGGACCAAAUGAUAAACUGCGCUGGGUCUAAACUGGCAACAUGUAUUUUUUUCUCUGACAUGAAGCAGGAAGACAUUUUAAUGUGGUGACAUCAGAUGUUGUUUUUCCUAGAUGAAAAUGAAAGUCAAGCAGUGCUUAGUUUCACUCACUGUCCUAGCUACACUUAAUUUGAAGAUUAAAAUUCUACAUUGUAGAAAACAAUUGGAUUUAUUGGGGAAAACAGCAGUCUUAGAUUUUGCUCCUUGCAUAGUAAUCUUUUGCAUGAACCAUCACCUGCAUUCAAAAA